CCUCCUCUCCCCUCCACCACCACCACCUCGAGGCCCAGCGGGGAGAGAGACUCGGAGAGAGAGAGAGGCCGAGGCCGCGGACUGUCCUGGAGCAGCGGCCCGGGACCCAGGGCUUGUGGAGGCCGCGGCCCAACAGACCAGACCCCCGAGGCCGGGCCGGACCAGACCACACCACACCGGACCGGCGCCCAAUGCAGCUUCUCGGCGGCCGGUUAACUUUGCAUUUCACCAGCUCUCCACUGGGCGAGAAGCAGCUUCAUUCCCGGCCGGCGGUGGGGACUCUUCCCCCCCCACCCCGCUCACGGUGACUCCCGCACAUCAUGUUUUGGAAGUUUGACCUUCACACAACAUCGCACAUUGACACGCUUUUAGAACGUGAGGAUGUCACGCUUUUCGAGCUCAUGGAAGAGGAGGACAUCCUUCAGGAGUGCAAGGCCAAUAACCGCAAACUGGUGGAGUUUCUAACACGGCUGCAAAACAUGGAGGCACUUGUCACCUGCAUCACGGUGGAACCAUCAGAAGAUAUGGAUGAGAAAGUUCGAUACAAGUACCCGAAUAUAUCCUGUGAGAUCCUGACAGCCGACGUGACUCAGGUUAACGAUGCGUUGGGCGAGGACGAGUCGCUGCUGAGCCGCCUCUAUGCCUUUCUGCAGAAUGACAAUGUUCUUAAUCCGUUGUUGGCAAGCUUCUUCAGUAAAGUCAUGGGCAUCCUCAUCAACAGGAAGAGCGAACAGAUAGUGGAUUUUCUACGGAAGAAGGAUGAUUUUGUAGGCUUGCUGUUGAAACAUAUAGGGACUUCGGCCAUUAUGGACCUCCUACUGCGGCUUCUGACGUGUGUGGAGCAGCCUCAUCUCAGGCAGGAUGUUUUGAAUUGGCUAAACGAGGAGAAAAUUAUCCAGAGACUCAUCGAGAUGAUCUACCAUUCCAAAGAUGAGGAUCAACACUCUAACGCGUCCCAGUCUCUCUGUGACAUCAUCCGACUAAGCCGAGAGCAAAUGAUCCAAAUUCAGGACAGUCCCGAACCAGACCAGCUGCUCGCUACACUUGAGAAGCAGGAGACUAUCAAGCAGCUGCUAGGCAACAUGUUUGAGGGCGAGAAGAAUGAGUCGGUGAUUGUUAACGGGAUCCAGGUAUUGCUGACGCUGUUGGAGACACGCAGACCCCGGUCUGAUCUGGGUGGUAUGAGUGGGCUUUUCUGCAACAUCGAUGGGCAGAUGGAUCUGUGCCCCCCAGGAAUGGACCAUGCCUGUAGCCAGGUUAGCACGGGAACCCUCCAGGCCAUCAAGCUGAGGCUGCGAGACUUCCAUCAGCUCCUCCUUGACCCACCAAAGAAAAAUAAAAUGGUGACGACCUGGGGCACCCUGGAUCCACCACUGGGAAACACACGGCUUCAUGUGGUCAAACUCGUCACUAGCAUCUUGCAGGUGAACAACGGCACUGUGAAUCAAGAGUUGAUGGAUUUAAACACACUGGACGUUCUUCUGGAUCUCUUCUUCAAAUACGUGUGGAAUAACUUCCUUCACUUGCAAGUGGAGCUGUGUAUCAGCACGGCACUGGGCAACCCUCCAGCAGAAGACAGCACUGAAAGCAACAUGGAAAAGCACACUGAGAACAACUCUGAGUCCACUCAAGAUAACACACUCAUCAGACAUCUCUUCGAGAAGUGCCAAUUGAUGCACAGAGUAGUGUCUGCCUGGGAGGAAAAUGAAAAAAUCCAGUCAGAAGGUGGUAGGCGGAAAGGGUACAUGGGUCAUUUAACAAGAAUAGCAAAUGCCAUGGCACAGAACUCGGAAAAUGGUCCUAACCAAACUUCGAUAGCACAGCUGAUCAAAGAGUUGCCUGAGGAAGAUCGGGAGCGGUGGGAUAAGUUUGUGCUGGGGUCACUGACUGACAUGAACAAGAAGAACACUGUUGAUUUGGUGAAUAUGCGGAACCUACACUCCUCGAGCGAUGACGAUGAGAAUGAUCUGAAAGAAUUCAGCUUCCCUCAGGAGGCUGUCCUGCAGCAGGCGUUCUCCGACUACCAGAUUCAACAGAUGACCUCAAACUUCAUCGACCAGUUUGGCUUCAAUGAUGAGGAAUUUGCCGAGCAGGAAGAAAGUGUCAACUCCCCAUUUGAGAGAGCAGCUAACAUCAGCUUUGUGUUCGAUGCCAACAGUGACAGUCCAAACACCAGUCUGUUUGAGGAGUGUUGGAAGGAGCGGAUAAGGCCGUUCAAUGACGACGAAGGCUCCGACGAGGAUGAAGUGUGGCAGGAAAAGGACCUGCACUUCGCCGCAGAUGCCCAGCGCGUUCCCAGGAGUUCAGGGAGUACGGACAGUGAAGGAAGCAGAGACUCCGAAGAGGAUGAAGAUGAAGAAGGGGGACAGACUGCCAUAAAGCCCACGGACUCCAGGAUGGAAAUAGACCCAAACAAAGAGGCUGGGUGGACAGCCAACUUCGACGCACCUUUGACUAACAGUGGUGUGAGCCAGGGCGCGGUGGACGGUGGCUUCAGUGCGUGGGACAGCCCAGAACCCACAACCUCCCUGCCUCCGAUAGAAGGAUGGGCGGUGUUUGCCAGUUUUGCCUCUCAGGCUGGCCCCUCUGGACGCUUGCGAACAAACUCUCCUGUGUCUAUGGAAACAAAUUCCGCUCCAGCCGAUGAGCUCCAGAGUAGUGGUGACGGACAUAGCAAAGCGUCAGAAGAAAAGUCUAUGGGCGGGCUGAGCAGCGGAGAAGACGCUAAAGUGCCAGACGCCACAAAAACGGGUAUGACGUCACACGCCGACACGGAGAAACCAGCAGCGGAAAACGCGGCGAUUCUCAACGGCUCGGUGCCGGAAGCAGUCUUGCCCCCUGAGGUGAACAAUGCAGAAGCUAAAACACGCACAAGUGAGGAAGAACUCUUAACUACCUCCGAAGAUGGACCUACUGCAGGAAAUGUACGGGACAGCUGUGAGGCCUCCAAAGCUAAUCCAGUUGCCCCCCAAGCUUCAGAAUGUGAACGGCACGAACAGAGGUAGCACUGCGGAGGGCGACGAGGAAGGUCCAUCUCGGUGCAUCGUUGAAUGAAAGCCCCCCCCCUUCUCCCCAUCUAUCCCCCCCCCCCCCCCCCCUCCCCUCCUCGCCCCCCCCCCUCUCCUUCCGGACCGUAACCCCACUCCAGUUUGGGAGCUGGUCUCUUCACACUCUGUCACCCGCUGGAGAACGGCAGCGAAAGCCGACAAGACUUCACCUUCCCGGGACAACCUCUUGGCCGCACUGAAUCGACAAAACAAACAAGGGGGAGGGGUGGGGUGGGGUGGGGGGGGGGGGGGGGGGGAGAAUGGGGUUUGGGGAGGGGGGGGGAGGCGGGCGAGGGAAAAGAGUUAUUAUAAACCAGCAAUACAAUAUAUAUAACUCAGCUCAUGGAAUCUAAGGAAAUGUUUGUUUAUAACUGUGUGUGUGUGUGUGCGUGCGCACGUGUGUGUGUGUGUGUGUGUGUGGACAGAGGGAUGUUCCCUGUUAUGAGUCAGAUAGGGUUGUAAAUGGGAUAAAUGUACUCUCUCUAAUACAGGACAUGGGGUUGGGAUGGUAGGUUAAAAAAAAAAAAUUUUACUUGGUAAAGGUGAACUGCUGGCCUCCAGUCCUUAUAGGCCCUCACCAUCUCCCCCUCAUACCACAAACACAAUGAAUUAAACAAAAACGUUCUGAGGGGCCAGCAGCAUCUUUUAUGCUGUCCUUUCAGGUCCUGGACUGUUAGGAACAAUUUAGUGUAGAGAUUUAUAAUUUGCUUAAAGCCCCCCCCCCCUCCUCCCUAAGCCCCCCCAAGUACAUGGAACUGUUGGUUCUUACCACGGGGAUUAUUGGCAUUUCUUACCUUUCAUUCUUUGAUUCAUUGAGACAUACCCAGACGGUGGUAGCUCAGCAAUAACCGCUCCACAAACCCCAGCUCUUUCACCCGCUCGCUGUUAAAAGUGACCCCGUUGUGGGACGAGUGACAUGAAACCGUUUCUAGAAUUCUCGAAAGUUCUCCCGGAAGUAGGGAUGACCUGCGUUUGCAGGUGAGGUGGGGGGGGGGGGGGGUGAAGGCUGGGGGGCUGCUGAAUCUUGCCGUAGAUGUACAUUUUUGUGUAAAGCCAGUAAAACUGAAAGACCGGGGAGGAUUGUCCCCCCCACCCUCCCCUACAACAGGUCACUUUCUCUGCCCUACCGUCUCAACGUUGCGAUUGAAUCAAAUCGCCGAAACGUUUGUAUUUAAUGUCAGCGUGCCGGCUCACACACCAACACCACCCCUCUCCGCCCUCAUGCUUGUACGCUGCCAGAACAGAGGCAGCUGCUUAUUGCAAGGAGUUGCAACCACUACGCUAUAGACAUGAUGUUGUUCUGCCCAUGUAAGCUUCAGCGAUGAGGGUCACUUCAGGGAAUUGGACCUCCGUCGCGUUUGAGACUUAAUAGUUCCACCCGUGACGGUUUAA